UAUUAUUCUAAUUUUUUUCUUCAACUCCAAAGCCAACAUAUAUGCAAGUCAAAGCAGUUCAAAAAAAAAGUAUCUUCAUGAUCUCGGUUGCCAAUGCUCAUGUUGGUUGCUGUUACUACAUGUUGUCCAUUGGCUGGUGGCGGCCACGGUAUCAGAUACCAUGAUAAAGACGCCACUAGUACACAAAGAUGUCGAUCCCUGGCCAACGUUCUUAUCCACAAAAUCCACAGUGUCCUCAAAUACAAUCACAGCACGCCAUUGUAAACUUGCUGUAGAUGCUUGUGGACUCCGCAGAAGGCUGGUGGAUGUGGACCUAGCGCUUUGACGACGAGUACUAUAAAAUGCCUGCACAGAUGCCAUGGACAGGCAAAAUGCCCAAGCAUCAUCGUACUCAACACUCUCUGGUGCACUUGACCCUGCACCGGCUCAGUCGAUGUAUUGCCCUGUUCGGCCGAAUGCCACCGCCGAUGAUGGAAUACCCAUCUCCCAGUAUUUACGUGCUCACGCAUCGGCAAACCCGGACCUCUCAGGCGCCCUCGGCCCUGCACCUGGGCAACCACACCAAUAUACAGUUCGUUCACAAGUCCCCGUGUAUGCUGGGGCGCCCAUCCCCCCAUAUUCAGCCGUCCCACAUACGCUAAGCGGCAACUACGAAGGGUCGUCUUCUGCCCGUCCUGCUUACCCAUACCCUGAGAGGAACGUUCUCCACCCUGCCAAGUACACCGCCAACAUGCCGCCCGCUGCGCACAAAAAGAUGUACAAGACUGUCAUUCCUUCAGGAUUUCAUCAGCUGCCGCAGCCGAUUGACAUUGAAAAAUGUGCGGGGCCGACUUCGUGGAGCAGGAUUGGAUCCCAACAUGCUGCCAUCAAGUUUAAUAGGAAGGGUGGAGGGUCCCCGUUUCGUGUUGAUGAGCUGAUUGAGCUCGAGGAUGAGCCAGAGGUAGAAGGAGGUCAUGAUCAGGUGUUUAACGGCAUGGGAGAGAGGUGCAUCAAGGUCUUGAUCACAUGGCCUGGUUACAGUCAAUAUCCUGUAGAAAGGCGGGUCUCCAUCGAGAAUGGAACCUUCAAGAGGGAGAGGCUGCUCAAGUUGUUGGCCAAGUACAUUGAGGAGCUUGUGCAUUAUAUACACCGCAAGUCGAUACGCGUAGAAAAAGGAUACGAGAAAUACGAGCUUGCAUGGAGGCCACGCGGGCUGCCCAGCAUCUGGAGAGACUGUUUGAUCACUAGUCUUGCUCAUAUAUCGGGAUCCAACUGGCAGGUAGAACUUUAUGUGAGGGGUUGAUGGGGACGACGUGCUGGACUUGCGU